AUGCCGGAAAUUCUGAAUGACUCGUUGGACACAUUUCCGGAACAAAGUGCCAACUUUUCACUUACAGAAUCUGGCGAAGAAGAUAUUGUUAAUAAACUCCACGUGGCGGUUGCAGCUUUGGGUCUGGUUACUAAUUCAAUGGUUGUGAUCGUUCUCACCCAACUCCAUAGAUCACAUCCAAUUGGUGGGGGUGAACGUUCGGCAAGAUGUAACCUUCUCGGUCUUGCUGUUGCUGACUUUUGUAUCUGCCUUUCAUCUUUGCCACUAGUAUACUCAAAACGUGUCUACAGACGAAGUGACGUCAUGUUUUAUUAUACCUUAUUUGGGCCUGGUCUCGCCUCCACUUUCCUGACGGUGAGUUCAUGGAUGGUUGUAUUGGUGUCAAUCCUCCGAUAUCUUGCGAUUUGUUGGCCUCUCAAAUCUCGUUUCUACCUUAGAACCAAGAGCGUUAUCUACGCUAUUAUAAUAAUCUAUCUGGCCGCAUUUAUUUUCAACUUUCCGAUAUUUUUUCAGUAUGAUUACAUAGUAGUACCUGACACUGAAUACGUACACAUUGUCGAUCGAAUUUAUCCACAUUUUUUUAAAGAUAUUUACGCUGUGACAUAUACAAUCUGCACAAAUGUUGGACCUUUUAUUGCAGUACUGGUGACAAAUAUCUCCGUAAUUGUGGCGUGUAAGAAAAGCCAAAUAAUUUGCGAAAAUUUUGAAGCCGCAAAGCAUAGGGACUACACCCACCCACCAACUUCCUCCUCUGGUAGCACGCCAAAUAAUGUGCCUGCUGAAUCCUCAAAUGGCAAUCCUACUUGUAACGUCUUUUCCACGUCAUCGGGAUCUAGACAACGCGUCCGUAUCCGAAGUCACAACUUAAGACCUCGAGCCCUGCAUAGAGUUACUCCACUUCUGUUAGCUGUCAUAUUUGCUUUUCUUCUCUUGUCAACGCCCUUUGGAAUUAUUCACUUUAUUUGCCUUAAAUUGAUUGAGAAUAUCGGCCCUCAGAUCAUUAAGAAUACGCAAUUAUUACAAAGAUAUCACACUCUCAACCGCCUGCUUCAAAUAACGAAUUUCUUCCAGGUAUUUGCGUGUGCAAUGAAUUUCUUUCUCUAUUUUGUGGUUUCGCAAACUUUCCGACGAACAACAAAGCGAACGAUGAGGCGCUUUUUCCAACGUUUUCGGCGUCGGAGGGGGUUGAAGCAUCUGUGUGCUUGCAUGUAUUCGGGUUGCUGUUGUAAGGAAAGAAGGCCGUGCAAGAACGAGGCUUGCAUUGUACGUGUCUAUUCGCCCAUUGAGUGUAGAAAUCAUCAUAGACGCAGAAGACAUGUUAUUCCUAUGCCUAUUUAUCAAGAAAGAAAUCUCAUUUCACCUAAAGUGGAAUUACAACAAUAG